CUGCAGAGCUACUUUGCUGCCUGUGAAGAUGAGACACCAGCCAUCAGGAACCAUGACAAGGUCCUGCAGCGGCUCUGUGAACAUCUGGACCAUGCUCUGCUCUAUGGCCUGCAAGAUCUUUCUUCAGGCUACUGGGUGCUGGUCGUUCACUUCACCCGCCGAGAAGCCAUCAAACAGAUAGAGGUGCUUCAGCACGUGGCCACCAACCUGGGGCGCAGCCGGGCAUGGCUGUACUUAGCCCUCAACGAAAACUCCUUGGAGAGCUAUUUGAGGCUGUUCCAGGAGAACCUAAGCCUGCUGCAUAAGUACUAUGUCAAGAACGCCCUGGUUUGCAGUCAUGAUCAUCUGACCUUGUUCUUAACACUGGUGUCCGGGCUGGAGUUCAUCCGCUUUGACUUGGAUCUGGAUGCUCCUUACCUGGAUCUAGCCCCAUACAUGCCAGAUUACUACAAGCCUCAGUACCUGCUGGACUUUGAGGACCGUCUGCCCAGCUCCGUGCAUGGCUCAGACAGCCUGUCCCUCAACUCCUUCAACUCAGUCACCUCCACCAACCUGGAAUGGGAUGACAGUGCCAUCGCUCCAUCCAGUGAAGAUUAUGAUUUUGGAGAUGUCUUUCCAGCAAUGCAGACCAUGCCCAGCAGAGACUGGGAAGAUGGAGACCUCACGGACACGCUGAGCUGCCCGCGCUCCACCGCCUCGGAGGCGAACGGCAGCAAAGGCUCCGUGAAGAGCCCGACCCAGCGCCACAACCCCUUCAACGAGGAGAAAUCGGAUGUGACAUCCUCCACUGAGACCACACCGGUGCACACGGCUUCCCAGGAGAAGGCAGAAGCCACCCCUGAAGGAACAGACCAGUCUGAGAGCUGCACGGAGCUGGAGGUCAUCAGGUUGGCCAAGAAGAAGAAAACGGGCAAGAAGAAGAAAGCAAAGCACGAGGAGCCGGUGAGCUCCGCAGCGCCCGAGGCCAGCGGUGACAGCGGCGUGAACGGGCUGAGCGACAGAGAAGACCCUCAGAGGGGUGACGGCCCUGGCAGUGAGCCCGGCCCCGGCAGGCAGGAGGAGGGUGCUGAGCGCUCUGCCCUCGGCCAGCUGGCGCUGCGCAUCCCCGAGAUGAAGGACACGUCCAUGGAGAGCGUGGGGCAGCCGCUGAGCAAGGUGAUGGACAGGCUUAAUGGGCAGCUGGACCCCGGCGGGGGCUGGAGCGUGCCCCUCGAGCCCCCCGGGCAGUCCUUUCGGACUGGCACGCCAGGGGAGACCCCAGAUGGAUCGUCCUCUGGCGACUUUAGUGAGGGGAUUUCAGCCCCCAUGGACUUCUACCGCUUUACCGUCGAGAGUCCAAACGCUGCUGCACCAGGUGGUGGCCACCAUGACUCUCCAGGGCCUGGCCAACCGCCACAUGUUUCUGGUAGCCCUGAGGCUCCUGAAGAAGAAAGCAGAGAAGGAGAAGCAGUUGGGGCAGUAGAGGAGUCUGGAGGGGCGAGUGAUGAACCCCACACUGGCCAGACAGACACCACCAAGCCCCAGGCUCUCUGUGAGCCCAAGAAGGAGCAGCCCAGCCCUUCUCCCAGCAGCGCUGAGGACUCUGGCGUGGAGGAAGGACAGGGCAGCCCCUCGGAGCUGACCCAUCCCUCCGAGUUCAGGGUGGAUAACAACCAUCUCCUCCUGCUGAUGAUCCAUGUCUUUCGGGAGAAUGAGGAACAGUUGUUCAGGAUGAUCCGAAUGAGCACCGGGCACAUGGAGGGGAACCUACAGCUGAUCUACGUCCUGCUGACAGAUUGCUACGUGUACCUGAUCCGGAAAGGGGCAGCAGAGAAGCCGUACAUGGUGGAGGAGGCUGUUUCCUACAAUGAGCUGGACUACAUUUCGGUUGGGCUGGAUCAGCAGACGGUGACUCUGGUGUGCACCAACCGGAGGAAGCAGUUCCUGCUUGACGCCGCGGACGUGGCUCUCACCGAAUUCUUCCUGCUCUCCUUGAAGUCAGCCAUGAUCAAAGGGUGCCGGGAGCCGCCGUACCCCAGUAUCCUCACAGAUGCCACCAUGGAGAAACUGGCACUUGCAAAGUUUGUGGCGCAGGAAUCCAAGUGUGAGGCCUGCAACGUGGUUGUGCGUUUCUAUGGCCUUGUCCACUGGGAAGACCCCAUGGAUGAGGCGCUGGGACCCGCCAGCCACAGCUACACCUCCACUGAAAACACGGUCACCAAGGAUGGCAUCCUACACUACAAGGCAGGGACCUCCUACCUGGGCAAGGAGCAAUGGAAGACCUGCUUUGUGGUGCUCAGCAACGGGAUCUUGUACCAGUACCCGGACCGCACGGACGUCACCCCUCUGCUCUCCAUCAACAUGGGCGGUGAGCAGUGCGGGGGAUGCCGGCGCUCCAACACCACCGACCGGCCCCACUCCUUCCAGGUGAUCCUGACGGACCGGCCCUCCCUGGAGCUGAGCGCCGACAACGAGGAGGACAUGGCCGACUGGAUGCAGUACUUCUGCCAGGCUGUCUCCAAAGGGGUGAUCCCCCAGGGUGUUGCCCCCACACCGUGUGUCCCAUGCUGCCUCGUGCUGACAGACGAGAAGGCCUUCACGUGCCACGAGGACUGUCAGACCAGCUUCUUCCGCUCGCUGGGCACCAUGGAGCUCACGGACAUCACCGCUGUCUCCACGGAGGCAGGCAAGGAGUACUGUAUCCUGGAGUUUGCUCAGGACAGCAAGCAGUUCCUGCCCCCCUGGGUCCUCUAUUUUAGUUGCACUACAGAACUGGAGAGGUUCCUCUCAGCGCUGAAAGCCGCAUGGAGGAACAUCUACCAGGUUGACCUCCUGCACAAGGCCAUUCUGGAUGCUGCCAUCAAGAAGAAAUGCGAGGACGCUCAGAGCCUCAUCGACAGCGCGUGGCAGCGCAGCGACAGCCUCUGCCGCGGGCGAGCGGAGCGGGACCCCUGGUGCUAA